AUGGAGGCAGAACCUUCUCCAACCCAGCAGGAGACCACAGUUCAGACUCCAGAGCCCCCUAAGGAGGUAGAACCUUCAAGCCAGCAGAUGGUCCCAUCUCAGCCUCCAGAGCCACCUAAGGAGGUUGCAGCUCAACCUCCAGCUCAUUAUGAGGUGACAGUUCCAACACAAGAAAGUUGUAGCACAACUUCCAGUAUAUCAAGAGGUAACAGUUCCAACACCAGGUCAGGAUCAAGCUCAGCAUCCAAUGUCACCCAGCAUUACAGUUCAACCUUUGGACUGGGACUUACCAUCACUCCAGAACCCACUACGGAGGUUGGACAUUCUAUACCCCUGAAGAAGACUCUAGUUCCUCCAAAGCACCCUAAGGUGACACUUCCACAUCCAGACCAGGUUCAGAUCCAGCAUUCAAACCUGACUCAAGUCACAGUUGAACCUCUGGACCUGGAGCGUACCAUAACUACAGAACCUACUACAGAGGUUAAACUGUCUCCAACCACAGAGGAGACCUCAACUCAGCCUCCAGACCCAGGACUUGCCAUAACUCCAGAACCCACUACAGAGAUUGGACAUUCUACAGCCCUGGAGAAAACUACAGCUCCUCAUCCAGAUCAGCUUCAGACUCUGCAUCGAAAACUGACUGAAGUCACAGGUCCACCUACUGAGCUAGAACCUACUCAGGAUUCAUUGGUGCAGUCUGAAAGUUACAUCCAAGAUAAGGCUUUAACUGCACCAGAGGAACAGAAGGCCUCCACAAGCACCAACAUAUGUGAGCUCUGUACCUGCGGAGAUGAGAUGUUGUCAUGUAUUGAUCUCAACCCAGAGCAGAGGCUCCGCCAAGUGCCUGUGCCAGAGCCCAACACCCACAAUGGCACCUUCACCAUCUUGAACGUGGAUGGAGCUGGAGGCCAUUAUCCUCAGCAGAAAACCACAUACAGCAUGUUCUCAUGUAAGUGGGAGCUAAAUGAUGAGAACUCAUGAUCACAAAGAAGGGAAUAACAGACACU